UAAAAAUUAAUUAUAUCUAAAAAAGCCAUAUAUAAGCGCAUCCUGUUGGUUAAAUUGUACCAUUGAAUUUUCAAUUAUUUUUUGCUACAAAUAUUCAAAAUGAGGUCACUCAAAUUGUUUGGUGUUCUAGUUUUGCUUGUCCAAUUAUCACAGCAGGCAGCAAUUGACAAUAGAAUCGUUAAUGGUAAAAAGGUAUCUAUUGAAGAUUAUCCCUACCAGGUAUCUUUAUUUAGAAAAAAUCUAGAUGGCAGUAUUAGAUUCUUUUGUGGGGGAUCUAUCAUAUCAAAAAAGUGUAUACUUACUGCUGGUCAUUGUGCAGUAAAGCCAGAUGAAAAUAGUGAAAAAACAUGGACAUAUAUCACACCCGAGGAAGUUUCUGUGCUUCCAGGAAAGGCAAGCACUCUCGAUUCUAGUUCGGCUAUUUCAGCUGAAAAAAUAAACGUGCAUCCAAAUUUCCAAGCUACAUUUAUAUUCAAGAACCACAAACUUAUAGGGGGGACCCUCGCGGAAAAUGAUAUUGCUGUAAUUUUUCUUAAAAAAUUAUUAGAAUAUUCCACAAGUAUUGCAAAAAUCAGCUUGCCACCUCAAGGUGAAUCAGAAUCUAUUUUUUAUGGUAAGGUGGCUGUAGCAACUGGGUUUGGCCUAACGUAUAACAGUAUUUCUACAACAGAUUUAUACGCAGUAAACCUUACAAUUUCUAAGACAAAUACAUUAUGUCAUAAUAAUGAAAUGAUUUGUCUAGCUGAACAGGAAAAUCAAAGGGGAACUUGCAGUGGUGACUCUGGUGGGCCUCUGGUUAUAAAUAAAGUACAAUAUGGGAUUUCAUCCGCUAUAUUUAACCCUACUGAUCCUUUAGUAUGUCAAAAGUCCUCAGAAUUUAUCUUUGUUAAUAUUAUUCACUACCGAGAAUGGAUAUCCAAGAAUUCCGAUGUCGAUGAAGCAGAUGAUGUUAUUGGUGAAGAUCUCAGAGGGAAUGGUAUUGAAGAAUAAUAAAUUGAAAAUACUAUAUUAAACUGAUGCUAUUGUCAAAAAAUGCUAUUACUAUCAACUAAUCCAUAAUGCUUAUUUAAUAUAUGUUAUAUACCUAUAUGAGGAAAAUAAAUAUAUAUAUCGCAUUCAAAA